AUGUCAGACGAAUAUUCCAAGACCGCUUCAGCUCAACCUUCACUCACUGAAAAGUUGACCACCCUUCGAGCGUUCUUCAAGGCUCAAAAAUCAGUCAUCCUCACCACUCACGCUCCCGAUGGAUCCCUUCACGCUCGAGUCAUGGCCGUUGCCGAGAUCACACCUGAUUGGAAAUUCAGAUUCAUUUACGACAAAGAAUCAUACAAAGAAGUAGAAGUCGACAACGACAAACACGUCAACAUCGCUGUUGAUGGUACCCCCAGCAACACAGGUUGGGCAUCAAUCGCUGGUAAAGCUGCCCGACUUGACGACAAAGAAGUUGUUGAGAAACUUUGGAACCCAACCACCAAAGCAUGGUUCGGCGACAAAGGUGACGGUGUACAUGAUGGUACUCCUUCCGACCCCAGAAUAGCGGUCUUCCAAGUUACUGUUGAUGAGAUCAGACACUUCCACCAAGAGAAGACUACCGUUGGUUUGCUUGUUGACGUUGUAUCAUCCGCCAUCUCUGGAUCCACAGCAUCACCUGGCUCACUCAGAACCAUCACCAAAGAGGAAAUAUCCUCAGCAUGGGCUAAGAAUGAGCUCAAGGAGCCUUAG